AUGAGGAACAGAUUGAGACAAUGUGGGGAGGAACUUCAGAAGUGGAACAUGAAGGUCAACAGAAGAGCUCCAACUGAGAUAAGGCAGAAAUUGAAAAGAUUGGGUGAGCUACAAGAAGCAGGUAGUGGAGACCACCAUGAAGAUGUUAGGAACCUACAAAGAGAGAUUGACCUGGCUCUGGUUGAAGAUGAACUGAGGUGGAAUCAAAGAGCCAAACAACAUUGGCUACAGAAAGAAGACAAAAACACAACCUUUUACCACCUACAUGCUUCUCACAGAAGAAAGGUUAAUAGAAUCUCACAAGUUCUGGAUCAUAGGAACAACAUGGUGUCAGAAAAGGAGGAGAUAAGAGCCACACUCACAAGAUUUUUCUUAGAAUUAUUCACCUCUUCCUCUCCCUCAGGAAGACUGCAUAAAGGACCUACCCUCAAGAGUAACAAGAAGCAUGAACUCUUUCCUACUAUAGAGGUUUGA